AUGGCCAACAGACUCCCAUUGAUCGCCAUCUCGCUCGGCUUCGGCGCCGUGUUCUGGCAACUGUUCCUGCGCGAUGCUCUCUUCAACGGCAUGGGACUGGGUCGCAAGGUGCAGCCCGUCGCUGACUUCCCUUACGAAUGCCAUCGAAUAAGCGGUGAUCCAAAUAUCCAGGCCUGCGAGGACAUGUGGCUGGAUCAAAAGUCCAGAACGCUCUAUCUGGCAUGCUCGGAUUCGCUGGCUAGGAAGGACUGGAUGCCAAAUAUUCAUCGCCUCAAUGCUUCCGGCCGAGCGCUGAACGACCAUGUCGUGGCCAUGGAUAUCGACAGCCCAACCCGUUCAGGAGGCUACGCUUACCGUGUUCUCAAGAUGCAGGAUUACCCCGGUGUGCAUGGUGACGGUCGAAUCCAUGUCGUGGGCAUGACCGGCACCAGUUCUGUCGACGGAUCCAAUAUCCAAUUGUGGUUGAUCAAUGCGCGUCCUUCUGUUGAUCCAGAAACGGGAGAACUGCUCGACAAUGCGAUCGUCGGCGGAAACUCGACCAUCGACGUGUUCGCCACCAACCCGAAUUCUGACGGAAUGAGGCAUGUCAAGACGUACGCCAACUCCCAAAUCGCGACUCCCAACAAUGUUGCUGUUACACGCGACGGCGGGUUCUUCUUCACGAAUGACCACGGUCCGCAUAAGGUUGGCUUGCAACACCAUCUAUCUCCAUUUCUAGGCACAGGAGACGUGUCAUAUUGCACGGCGGACGGGGUUUGCAAGAAGGUCGCAUCUGGGUUCCAGUUUCCCAAUGGACUUCAUCUCGGGAGCGAUGGCUUCCUCUACGUGCCCAGCGCAGCUGUCGGGGGCAUUACCGUCUUCAAGCCAAACCCUGAUGGCUCUGUGACCAAAGUGCACAGUAUUGACCUUGAUUAUCCCAUCGACAACCUCGCCGAGGAUGCCAAUGGUGAUAUCUACGCCGCAACUCUGCCCAAGGCAUUCAAAUCGUUGGCUGCCUUCGAGGAUCCGUUGAAUCCCAAGAGCGCUCCAGCGACUGUAUGGCGGGUUCGGAGGUUGAACAGAGAGGUUCCGAACACGUAUAAGUAUGAGCUGACGAAAAUCAUUGAGGACAACGAGGGAGAGGUAUUGCCUGGCAUGACAACUGUGAUCCAUGAUGCCCGAACGGGGACGUUGUUCAUGAGUGGCGUCGUGUCGCCCUUCAUUACCGUGUGCAAGAAAACUUGA